UUGAUAUUUAAUAGUGUUGGGAAAAAAUGCGAGCAAUUAGGGGAAGGGGCUGGUGAAUUUUGCUUUUAUGGUUGUGCCCGAUCUAUUUUGCCUUGGGAGUUGGCGUCCGCCUUACCUUUGUGCGUGUGUGGACUGUGUGCACAUGCAUGGUGUCCCUGAUUCGGUAUGGUGGACAACACGGAGUCUGUGACCAGCAGUACGGCGCCCAUGCCUGGCUUGUUGACGGGAGAAGGAUUAAAUCUGGUUCUGGCUGGAAGCUCUCAGCUCCACCAUCAGGGAAUGAAGCUGGAGGCUGUGAUGGAACAUUUGCAGAGACAGCAACAGGCUCGUUUAGAGAUGGAGGGAAGGGAGAGGAAGGACCGAGGGCUCCGGGAAGCCCACAUUUUCUACACUCAGCAGUUUGCUGCUCAGCAAGCUGUGCUGGCCCCUUCCUCCCGGUCGUCCCCGGCAACCCUGGGCAGCAGAACCUUGGCUGCCGGGCCCAGCCUCCCGCGGGUGACCGAUAAGAACAGCAUGGAUUCUGAUCCCGAAGACGACGCCUUUGAGGUCGAGGACCCGGGCAGUGAAAUGGAGGAUGAGGGGAUGGCACGAGGAGGCCAUGAGGAUGAGGAUGAUGAAGAAGAGGAGGAGGAGGAGGACGAGGAGGAGGAAUAUCUCAGGAAACAGUCAGCCCCAGCUGUGCCGCCUCAGAGGCUACCCCCUGCCCACCGCCCGUCUGGACAAUCCCAGCAACCAGGAAGCACUCAGUCUAUUUCGCCAAGUCAAGCACAUUCAAAGUCGCCCCCUGGCCACCACGAGUGGGGUUACGAAGAACAGUUCAAACAGAUGCAACCUUCUGAUUGGAUGGCAAAUGACCAAUCAGAGUCAGGGGGAAAAAACUCUUUCCGAACAGCCAAUGUGACAGUUCCCCACAUUCCUGGCACUAUUAAGCAGAAUGGGAGUCUGGCCUGGAAUGAUGAUGGUGAUGGUGGAAGAGCAAGAGAGGCUGCCAAAGACUUCGCCAAGCUCUACGAACUGGACAACGAUCCCAAGCGGAAAGAGUUCCUGGAUGAUUUAUUCGUUUUUAUGCAGAAGAGAGGAACCCCAGUGAACCGAAUCCCAAUCAUGGCGAAGCAAGUGUUAGACCUGUACAUGUUGUACAAACUGGUCACAGAGAAGGGCGGACUGGUGGAAGUUAUCAACAAGAAGAUCUGGCGGGAAAUCACGAAGGGUCUCAACCUACCUACCUCAAUUACCAGUGCAGCCUUUACACUCAGGACACAAUACAUGAAAUACCUCUACCCAUAUGAAUGUGAAAAGCAAUCACUCAGCUCACCUGCAGAGCUCCAGGCUGCAAUUGACAGCAACAGGCGCGAGGGCAGGAGGCCGAGCUACAGCUCAGCUCUCUUCGGCUACUCGCCCAGCUCGGGCCCUAGCCUUCUGUCCUCUCCCAAGGUCCACCUGUCAUCCAUGAACGUCCCAGCCAGCAAUGGUACUCAUCUCUCUCCAGGACAGAUCAUCAAGAAAGAGGAUGCCACAGCUACCUGCUCCCUCACCCCGAGCCGCGUCCACAUCCCGUUGGCUCUGGGAGGCCACCAUUCCGCCGCACAGGCCAUCACCCUGGAGCAGCUGAGGGAGAAGCUGGAGAGCGGGGAGCCCCCGGAGAAGAAGCUGGCACGGUACUCAGAGGAGCAGCAGCGCCUGAUGCAGCAGGCCCUGCAGCAGAACCUGUUCGCCAUGGCAACCCACAUGCCCAUGAGCAUCAAAAUCAACGGGAAAGAUGAUCGACAGGAGCUGGCCUUGAACUUGUCAACAAAUGGCAUCAGCAGCAUUAACAUGUCUAUUGAGAUUAACGGCACUCUCUACACAGGAGUCCUGUUCGCCCAGCGACCCACCGUCCACGUAAUUGCUGGGCCCAGCAGUAGUACUCCUGCCUCGCAGAGUACGACCAGUCCUACCUCCGUCAAGGGCCCUGCCUCGGCUGAGCCCUCCACCAGCGGCUCCCCCUGAGGGCGGGCGCCCAAUCGCUGCAUCAGGAAAAGGACUCGUCUCGAUUGUAUUUUUCUAAAAUCUUAAAAAGGCAGGGAAUUUAAGAAAGAAAUUGAGAAUUGCAAAAACAAAAGAGAAAAAAAAAGAAAAACCAAGCCAGUAAAUGAUUGCACAGAUCUUUCCAACUCAAGGAACCUACAAGACUAUUAAUUUUAGAAUAUAUUGCCCAUCUCCUGGGAGGGGCUGUCAAAACCUGGUGUUGCCUUCGGGGUCAGAGGGCAAGAGUUAAUUGGACCUGGGUGUGCAGAUGUAACUUCCUGACCUCAGACUUGUAAAACCAUUGUCAGUUCCUCGGCCUGCUUUUCUAAUGGGAACAGCUUGUGCCAAUUUGUCACUCUGCUCCUGAAUCCAUAGGUUGUGGUUGGGCCACAAUGCCAGCACUGGUGGGAAGCUGUAAGUGCAGCGUGGCACACGUACAUAGGCUGUCCCCUUAAUAAAGAACUGAUAAUGGUAACAGCUGACUGGAAAUGCGUGCACACUCAAGAAUUUUAAUAUAUUAUUAUAUAAAUAUGCAGCCCAGCGAUGAGAGUGAUUCACAAUGUGACAGUCUAACCUUUGUUGGCUACAGAUUCAGAUAGGAGGCAGUCCCAGGUGAGAAUGAGUCUCAUUAGCUAUGAUCAACUCCUUAAGAACUGUGAGUAGCGGCAAGUUUUUUGUGUGCUUAUAAUAUAUUCUUUGUGAUGGGAGUCACCUUGAGGACACAAGAGAUGGAAAAUGCUAGAAUCUGGAGCAACAAGCAACCUGCUGGAGGAACUCAGCAGGUCGGACAUCGUCCAAGGGAGGAGACGAGUCCGCAGUGACCGGAAACGUCGACAGCUUCUUUCUCCUCACAGAUGCUGCUCAACCUGCUGAGUUCCUCCAGCAGAUUGUUACUUUGAGGGUGAUGGUUUAAGAACACCAACUCUUAAAGGGUGUUGUGCCUUGGCUGGGGGUGGGGAGGGGCUGUGGGCUUCAGUGCCCCACAGUUACCGGGGACAGUCUAGCUCCCCGGCUUCCGACUGCAGCUCAGUGCAUGGUGCUUUUGCUUCUGAGUUAUAACUGCAAGCCCCACCCCAGAGGCUUCGGUAGAAAAGUCUAGGUGGGCGUCCCAGUGCGGUACCCAGGGACGGCUGCUCUAUCAACAGUGCAGUCUUUCAACCAAGGCCCUGUCAGUUGGUCAGCGAAGAUCCCAGGACCUUAUUCUGAUGAGAAGGGGGAGGGCGGGGUGCUUCCUGGUUCCCUGGCCCACACGUGUCCCGGUCAGCCGAACAGAUAAUCUGGCCACCAUCACACAGACCGUCAUGGGAGCUAGUUGUGCAUAAAAAUGGCCGCUGAGCUUCUAGCGUUACAGGGUCAUGGAAAUCAAGGCCUUUGGUGCCCACUACAUUAGGGAUCAGAAAGAGGACCAGCGCUGACAGACUUCAUCCCCUUCCCGGACUAGCCCUCCUUGUGGCAGGAGGAGUGUGUGAGGCCUACAGGCCAGCUAUGGAUCCCCCAUGGAUACAGGCACCUAUCUGCCCAGAAUCAUCUGAACCAGUGCACUUAAUGCUGAUCUAAUGCAGGAGUUACGGUGUGUUUUUUUAAAAGUUUAUUUUUACUGGGUUGGGGUGCAGAGGAGCGGAGAAGUUUGAUGAGCCGAGAGAGAGUAUGUUUGAAUCGAAUUGUAGGGGAUAUCCCAUCAAGUGAGUAUUGGAGUCAGAGAUGCAGGGGUGAAAUAUGUACUUGGAGUGUGUACGGUGAAAGUGUUGUGAGACCCCCCCCCCCCCAACUUCCCCAACUUCCCUUAUUUUAAUCAUGAUGUGGCACUUAUUGUUAAAAAAAAAAGUUGCAUUCUGCAGUAAUUCCUGCUAUUGGAGUGAUCUCAGUUUGGGGUGGGGCAGUAACGUGAUCCCUAGCAGCAGACCCUGAGUUAGACAGUCCGAGUUCAUGAGGAUCCAGGGUGGGGUCUCAACACUGACCACCAUGGCAACAUUUUGCAGGGAGACAGCUCAAGGAAAAUAAUCUCAAUCCAGGCUGGAGUCAGAUAUCAAAAGUAACUAACACAGUUAAUAAUGCGCAUUAAAUUCCUCUCCCAAUUGCAUCCUUGGUUCAGGUUUGGAGUCCAUAGGAUUGACCAAUGGAAGGGACUGGUCAGUAAUUUCCACCAAUUGAUUCCCUAUUCUUGAACUUAAACCUGUUAGAGUUACCUUCCACUACCCCCACUAGCUGAGAGAGCCCCAAUAGAUAUUGACUGAAUGUCUAUAUGAUUCACUAAUGCACUUCAAAAGUAGUUGAUUGGUUGCAAGGUGCUUUGACACACCCUGAAGUUGUGAAAGGUGCUACCAAAACGCAG